GCGCAUGCGCCGAUCAGACAGUAACUUAAGGUUUGCGCUUGUAAUACGGUGAGACAGUUAGUGCUGAUCAGCUGUAGUUAGCGUUUAAUUCUUAGUCCGGGUGAUUCUGCGUUAAGCACCAAAUGCCAUGUGCUUUAUGUGUUACCCGGCUACAAGAUAUAUGAGGAGCAGAAAUAUUUUCACGUUAUGGAAGCGAACCAUGGCGUGCAGCUCCGCACAGAAACGCGGCGUUGGAGGGAUCUACCCCCCCAUUGCCACACCGUUCACCCCCAAGGAGGAGGUGGACUAUGAAAAACUGGAAGAAAAUGUGCAGAAAUACGCAAAAAUACCUUUCAGAGGCCUGGUGGUGCAGGGCUCCAAUGGCGAAUUCCCGUUCCUGUCGGUGGAGGAGAGGGUGGAGGUAGUGCAGCAUGUGAGGCGUGCCCUGCCCAGGGACAAGCUGGUGAUGGCCGGCUCCGGGUGCGAAUCCACCCAGGCCACCGUCCGCAUGACUGAGCGCAUGGUCCAGGCCGGGGCUGAUGCUGUGCUCGUGGUCACACCGUGCUUCUACCGCGGCAGGAUGGACACCCGCGCACUGAUUCACCAUUACACACAGGUGGCUGACUCCAGUCCAGUUCCCGUGGUUCUGUACAGCGUACCAGCCAACACGGGUCUGGAACUUCCAGUGGAGGCCGUCGUCACGUUGUCCCAGCAUCCCAACAUCGUCGGACUCAAGGACAGCGGUGGAGAUAUCACCAGAAUGGCCCUGAUCACCCAUAAGACGAGAGGCAGUGGUUUCCAGCUCCUCGCUGGCUCGGCGGGCUUCCUGCUGGCUGCCUAUGCUGUGGGAGCGGUGGGCGGAGUGUGUGCCCUCGCCAACGUCCUGGGCCCGCAGCUGUGCCAGCUGGAGCGGCUCUGCCUGUCCGGCAGCUGGGAGGCAGCCAGAGAGCUGCAGGGUCGGCUAAUCGAGCCCAACGCGGCGGUGACGAGGAAGUUCGGGGUGGCAGCCCUGAAGCGGGCGAUGGGCUGGUUCGGUUACCACGGCGGCGAGUGCCGCUCCCCACUGCGGCCGCUGUCGGAGGCCGAGGCCGAACAGCUGAGGGAGGGUUUCUCCUCCAACGGGUGGCUGUGAGCAGAGGGGUUGGCAUUUAAACAGCUGGAGGCAGCUGAGGUUUGUUUCUUAGCAGGGGGGCCGCGGGGGUAGUCUCCUGCUUCCUCCGGACUUUUUGUUAAUUACCAUGCAUUUAUCUCCUUUAUAAUUAGUGUUUUCAUAAUUCAAAGCCUCGUAUGUAACAGGCCCCAAGCGUCGAAAUUACUUCCAAAAAUGUUAAAAAAUUAAUCUUUUAAAUUAGCUGCUUGACUAAGAAUACAAGAAUAGAAAUGUUAAACGUUUUAUUGAUAUGGGAAGUUUUUUCAUUAUAGUUGUGGAUUAAGGUCGUCAUAAACUGUUAAUGUAGCAAAAUAAAUAUAUAUAUAUAUAUAUAUAUUUUUUUUUUUUCUUUUAAUUGACUGUCUAUUGUGGCAAAGAUACUUGGUAAGGCCGCUCCUCCACCACUGGAGGGCACUGUGACUCACCAGAACAGUGGGGUAAUCAGUUAACAUCAGGGACGUCCCCGGAGACCUCAAUAAAGGAGAUUUAAAACCU